AGUCGGAAUCGCUUCUUUCACUCGCAGGCAAGCGUUAGUUGGUCGUUAAUGAAGAAUUAAAAUUUUAAAACAGCAAGGGGGAGCGGGGCUUGAGGCUGCGCCUGCGCACUGCGCUGACGCCUGGUUUUGGCGGGACAGGCUUGAGUAGGCGGAUACGCAGUAGAAGAUGACUACGGUUGAAGAUUCCUUUUUUUCUCCUAUUAGCCUUGUUUCUACUACUAAAAUGGGAAAGAAACAAGGUAGCAAGACAAAAAAGUCUGAAGAUGUUCAGCCUGAAGAAUAUAUUGUUGAAAGAGUCUUAGACAGACGAGUUGUACAAGGAAGAGUUGAAUACCUUUUGAAAUGGAAAGGUUUUACAGAUGCUGACAAUACGUGGGAGCCAGAGGACAAUUUGGAUUGUCCAGAAUUGAUCCAGGAGUUUCUAGAUUCCCAAAAGGCCACCAAGGAGCGUACUGAUGGAUUCAAACGAAAAUCUGUCUCUGAAAAUGAGAGUGAAGAAAACAAGCCAAAAAAGAAAAAGGAUCCAAGUGAUAAUCAGCCAAGAGGUUUUGCAAGAGGAUUGGAACCAGAACGCAUCAUUGGUGCAACUGACUCAAGUGGUGAAUUGAUGUUUCUGAUGAAAUGGAAGGAUUCUGAUGAUGCAGAUCUGGUCCCAUCCAAGGAAGCCAAUGUUAAGUGUCCACAGGUUGUGAUUGCAUUUUAUGAAGAGAGAUUGACAUGGCAUUCCUAUUCUACAGAUGAUGAGGAAAAUUAACUGCAGGAUGCACUAUAACUGAAGGAUAUUGUGGAGAAAUUUUGAGUCUAUUCAUGUUCGGAUGUACUGUUACUGCCCCAAGUUUUAAAAACCUGCGCUUGAAGUAUAAAGUUCAGUUUGUUUAUGCCCAUUGACUGCAAGUGAUUUGAACCGACCUGUGCAUUGAACCUGGAACAUUGGGAUACAUUGAUUAAAUGCGUAAAUAUCAAACGUACUUUUGAUUCAUUUUAUUGGCGGUAAUUUAGUCUUGUUUACCAAGAAAAUUGUUUGCGCAUCAUCAAAAGCUUGUACUAAAUCUGUCAUGAGGAUUUGAGGUUAGACUCCAUUCACCAUAUUAUCAAUUUUUUUGUGUACCUGUUUGCUUACAUUGUCAAGUUUUUAAAAACUAAACUGCAAGUAGGAAAAGUAACACACAGGCUUCAUCUGAGCAAGUGUUUAAGUUCCAACUUGCAGUAUCUUUGGCUCAGCAAAUUAUUCUGGCUAUUUUAAUUACUUUAAUAUCCUGUUUCUAAAGUCACUGUUGUAAAGUUUCAUUGGUAUUUGUAAAUGUGUGAUUUUAAAAUAUAACUUGACGUGCACUAUUUCUAUGGAAUUGGAGCUCGCUUGGUUUUUGGAAUGGUUCAAACUGUGAAACUGAUCAAGUAAUGCAAAUUCAAUGAGUCUGCUGUUAUGCAGCUGCUGAAUUGAAACUUGGAUACUUGAUUAGGUUCCUCGAUGCCAUUUGACUUGUAUGUUAAAGCUAUAACUAUUCUAAGCCCUUGGUUUAUACCUAUGAAACAUGAUGUGAUCAUGAAAUAACUAAUCAACUCAACUUCUGCUCUAAUGCUGAGCUGACGCAGCAACAUACUCAAAUUACAGAAUUCUGACCAGCUUUGGAACAUGGGUUAAUUUUGAAACCUGAACUAUUUUUAUUUAUAAAUUCAGAUUUUAUUGUUUUUCUUUGAGUACUUGUAUGUGUAUUGCCUAGGUUCUUUAGUAAUGUUGAUUAGUUUCUUGUUAACUGCUGAGGAAAAAAAUGUUUAAUAAAACUAUUUUGUCUUUUUGAAUACAAAUUUUUUCUCUUUAUUGCAUACAUUCAAGAAGUGUCUGGAGCUAAAGAUGGGAGUUCUAUUCCUUGUAAGAUCAUCAAACAUUCCUGGCAUAAUAUGCAGUAGUGGGUGAAAAAUUGGAUGGAACACAUUUUCUGAGCUGUAUCUUGUGCAUCACUCAAUUCCAGAAUGUUUUAUCAGCUCCCUCCCUAAUGGCCCUCAUUCAUCUAUUAGCCUGUUGGCUCCAACAGCAUUGUCACCUAGAUAAUUUUGGUCUCCACCCUACAGAAACUUACAACACAUUUGUUUUCUCAAUUCUGCAAUCUUAGUGAAGGGUCAUUAUCCUUUCUCUGCAUGGAAUGCUGCCUGACAUGCUGAGUGUUUCUAGCACUUGUUCUAGAUCAGUUUAGAUUGAGUUAAUAGAGCUAUAAAUCUGCUGCAGAAUCUCAAUGAUUACAGCAUUGAAGGAGAACAUAAAAUAGGGAGCAGGAGUGGGCCAUUGGUCCUUUGUGCACUCUUCACCUUUCAAUAAGAUAAUGGUAGUUAUGUUUUGGCUGGGGUGCUAUUAGGCAAUCAAUCAGGACAGACCAAGUGUCGGUGUCUUUACUCACAGGGCCUGUAAAGGGAGACUCCAGUAAAAGGCAAAUUUCUAUCGAGUUUGUGGGCCUUUCCUUGUGUUUGUUGUUGAUCUAGUAUUUCUACACCUGUGGAGUAACAGUUGAUUAAUUAGCUAAUAUGGGAAAAUUUAAGGUAUCAAGUGUACUGACUAAAUAUCUUUGAUUCAUGUACCGCAAUGAGAGAUUUGUGUACCAGUCGCAUCUCUAGUCUAACCCAAAUUCACUUUCCAUUUGUGUGCAUUUUACUGGCAUUUUGAACUCUAGCUCAUUACUUGUGUCUCUUUUCACUCUACAGGCCCCCUUCUUUAACGUCUGAUCAAUCUCAUCUUUGCAUCCCCACAUUCCUAUUCCAAUCCAUUUUUACCCCUUUACCUUUCUGUCACUAUUCAGGCUUCAAAUUAUUUUUGAGAAGCUCAUUGUUUAAACUACCUUGGCAUUUUCUGAAAGCCCAUUAUAUUACCAAUCAUUGCCACAUUGAGCAGCAUUUCAUACUGUGCAUCUGCUGGGGUCUAAUUUCACUAACAUCCACAAUUUGAGUACUGCCUGUUGUUCUGUUCACCAUAUUAAAGGAAAAAAUAUUCUGAAGAGGAUACGGAGGAGAUUUAUAAGGAUGUUGCUACAUCUGGAAAACUUUGAGGAAGAUUGGAUGGGUUCUUGAGGUGGAUGGUAGGAUUAGAGAUGGAAGGUAGGAAAUUUUUCAUCCACAAAGUGCCAGGAGUCUGAAACACUGCCUGAAAUUGUCAGAAACCACAUUUAAAAAUCAGAAGUGUAACUGGGGAGUUGUAAUCUGCUGUUGGUAUUGGGCUAGGUAGUUUAUUGGCCAUUGUGGACACAAUGGGCUUAAUGGCCUUUGAAAAUAGCAGUGCUGUGCAGAAAUUUACCAAGUAUGAUAGAAAUUAUAGCGGUUCUCUUGUAUCCCAGAUUCUACCUGAUUCCUACCUGACAAAUAUUAAUUCAAUUCCCUUCAAGGUUAAACUUUAGUCGCCACCUCUAAUUAUUUGCAAUGAAGAGCCGUUGAGCUUCUUGGAGAGUUCAGCUCAGGAAAUGUCCACCUUGCAAUCCUAGUUCCCUAUUCUCCCACCAGUGGAGUCGAUCUUUCACUAUAUACCCACAAUUAUGUCCAAAUUUUGCCCAGAUUUUAAAGGUUCACAGUGUUGCUCCCACCCACCAAUGUUAAUGUUUCCACUUUUGCAGGAAAUAUUGGUCUCAAAUCUAUUCAACACCCGUCUUUCUCCUUGUGUCCAUGGUCCUAAUUUGCCAAUUGAUUUGCAAGUCUAUGCCAUGAAUUCAUGUGUCCUUUGUUCCACACCUGAAUUAUCCUAAGUCAUCAGGAUCUCUGUUUUGUAAUUGCACCUCAGUGGUUCACCCUGAGAUGUUUUCCUUAAAGGCAUUGUAUCAAAUCAGAAUUGUUUCUUUUGCUUUACAGGCCUCUUGAUAUUUACAGCAUUUUCUGUACAUUUUAUCUUCUUAUUUUGUUACAUUACAAUAAACAUGAGCCUGACUGGAAAAA